UCUGCAGCUGGCACGCGUCCACUGUGACGUGAAGCGAGGCGUACAGAGCAACAGUGUGUUUUAACCAGUCUCUACUUCUUUUACCCCAAAAAAAACCCAAUAUGUUCCUCUGCGGGGACUGACCUCGCCAUGAGCGGAGCUGGAUCUCUUUAACGGGGUCUCGCUGGUUCGGGUCUCGCUGGUCUGGUACGGACAGGCCACCAUGCUGCGGCCGUGGGCUGCGCACUGGAUCGCGGCUGUGCUCCUGUGUCGGGCGGUGGCGCAGUACUCCAGCGACCAGUGCAGCUGGAGAGGAAGUGGUUUGAGCCAUGAGUCCCAUCGAAGAGAUGUGGAGCAGGUCUACCUCCGCUGCUCUCAGGGCUCUCUGGAGUGGCUCUACCCCACAGGAGCCAUCAUUGUCAACCUGCGACCAAACACAGAGCCCUCAUCGGGGCACAUGGCGGAUCUUCAUGUGUGCAUCAAACCCCACACUCACUCCCAGGGCUCUCAUGUGUAUCUGGAGCAUAACGGGGAUCUGAGGAUGCUGCUGGCGGAGACGGACCAGGCUCAGGGCACAGUGCACUGUUUCAGCCUGGCAGAGGGAGCUCUCUUUGUGGAGGCCGUCCCUCAGGCGGACAUCAGCCGGAGGAUCACAGCUUUCCAAUACGAGCUGGUGUCCAGUCAGGGGCCCGGAGCGCACAUGUACCCAUACCUGCACCCUGGUUCAGUAACCUGUAAACCCUGUUCAGAUGAAGAGGUCCUUAUGGCUGUGUGUACCAGUGACUUUGCUGGCAGUGGCAUCUUUCGAGCUGUUGCAUCAGGUACUAAAGACCACUCUCCUGCUGUGGUGACUCUGAGUCGACUGUUUCGCCAGAAGAGUAGGGUGUUUGCUCGGGGUGGAGCCAGAGGGCGGGGCUCGGGAGGCCGCAUCAAUGUCCCCGCACAAUGCAGUGUGCAGCCUGGAGGGGAUGAGUACCUUUUGACCGGCUCUGUCCAUUUUGGCAAAGCCUGGCUUGGCUGCGCACCGCGCUACAAGGACUUCAUGAAGCUGUACAUCAGAGCACAGAAAGCGGGAACAAACCCCUGUGAAAUAGACACAGACUGAGUGAUCUCUUCAAAACAGGGAGGAGUGACAUCAUCUUUGAGCCUUGCAGAGAGAUAAGCAGGGUUACAAACCAACAGCCAUCAUUAAAGGAUACUUCUGCAGACUCUUUUCAAUGCUGUACAACUUUUUGUCGCCUUGCAGCAGAAAAGACAGCUGGGCAGUUUGAACAUUUUAACCAAUGAGCUCAAUGACUGACGAUGGGCUCAAAUUACUUUGUGCCUAACUUGUUAAUGUUUUUAUUCUCAUGACGAUACUGCUUGUGUGAUCAUUCUCGAAAUGAAUGUUUGCUUUGUAAAAAGCUUUCUGUAAAAUUUAGGAGUCUUCUGACAGAAGUGUACAGUAUGCAGCUCUGUGAGUCUUUAUGUACCAAGUGUGUGUGGGUUUUGCUAACGAGUUCAGAGGGUCUUUAUAUUUAAAGAAAAUAAAAAAAUGAAAGGUAUAGAGGCCUGUAUAGAGGGAUUCUGCAUUAAUAUUAUUGUUUCUCUUACUGCAUGACACAGUGAGGAGUGUGGUUGAGGUGCAGAUGAUUAAGAACAGAUGGCAAGUAAAUAGUAGAACCAAAAAAUGAAGGAGCAAAAGUUACCGGCCUCCCUGCUGCCAACAAAGACAUUAUCCACCUAACUACCCAAAAGAAAAAAUCAUUAUGAGUGUUCAGUGACCAUUAGCUGGCAGGGGAGCAGCGGUGCGUUAGUGCUGACGUAGCUUCCCCUGUGGAGUUUUAAGGAGCCACUGUUCUGGUUGGCAUCCGCUGUGUGUGUGUGUGUGUGUGUGUGU